AUGUUGUCAGCUCUGAUUUUUGCAAUGCUAUGUAUUAUUCCUUCAUCGGCCAUCAUAAACUGUCGUAUCGCGUGUGUCCGGUGUACAAAGAGCAACGAUCAUCCUGAAAUACUAGAAGUGUACUGCGCCAUGUGCGACGAAUGCAAGGAACGGAGACGAGAGUGGCUCCGGAAUGCCGAUCGGAAUCUACAGGCGGAAAAUGAGAAACAUUUGAGCAACAAAGAACAGUAUUUGGAUGAGGAUUGUAUACCACAAGUGUCUGAAGAACCAUGUGAUCCUAGUCCUAAACCUUUGCAUCAAGUUAUCACCACGUCUACUGAAAAGACCACAACAUCAACGACUACUACUCGACGACCUUGCACUCCAAAACCCCAUUGCAAACCUAAGCCAGCCUGUGUAAGCAUGCCCUGUAUCCCAGCUUUUCCUAUGUCACUUUGCAACAUGUGCCCCAUGGAGUCCUCAAACACAAAACUCUUAUCUCAAUCUGUCCUCCCAUCACAAGUAUCGAAAACAGACGAUGUAAAAUCUACACCAGAAUCCUUAUAUUUUUACGUCGGAGUACCAAAGAACAUGUUAAAAGAUUUGGAUUUACUGCGUUCUAAGUCA